AUGUCCUCGAUUGUAACAUCUGUAUUUAAUGCCACCAUCGGUUGGCUCGUGAAUAAAGGAAGAGAUGUGACAGCAGAGAGGCUGAAAGAAGGGGACGUGGCGGAUCAAAAAAUCCGUGAUUUAAUCGUUCGUGAAGUGGAAGAUAUCAAGUCGAAGUUGGAAGGAUUAUCAAGAAAGGAUCUUCUGACAGCUGUAGACUCCUUUCAAACAGGGAUCAGGUAUUUAUUUGAAGCAUUCGAUGUAAAACCCAGUAGCCAAGCCAAUGUGGGAAUAACAGACGAGAAUCUUAGCGAACAUGACUUAGAAGAAGCAAUGAAGACAGUUUCUGUCGCCGCGGAAAUGGGAAAGUUAGAAAAAAAGGAUUUCAACGAAACGAUGAAAAACUUCUUUUUUCAAGCCAAAAAGAGAUUCGAAACGGCUCGUAACGAAGCAACAAAAGCCUCCAACAACGAAGCUCUGAAGAUCUUCGAUCGGAUCACAGCCAUUCGAUAUCGUGUCAUGGCAACCGUAUUAGAGUCAGUGGUAGAGACGGUGGGAACUGCGGGCGACAUGUCGCCUUCAUCCUUAAAAACUGCAUUGACCAAUGCAUUACCUGAGUGCGAAGAAUGUCUUCAGAAACUCCACUCCUUUCCAGCUGUUCAGGAUAACUUUAAAGUGGAGCUAGAUAAAGCUGUCCUUAAUGUCAGAGGUCGGUAUGGUAAAGAUGAACGAAGAAAGAUAAUUUCCACGGUAUGCCAGAUAAAUCGUGCCAUCUACAAUGCAACACGAGCACUUGGAAGAGACGCCUUGGUCUGGCCAUUUGUCGACACUGGAGAAGACAAAGUUGAUCCUCUGCGCGAUGGAAGAAUAUCAAAGGUACAGCACAAAGUUAAGAUGGAGCACUGCAGUUUACUAUGGUCAUUUGGUCAGCAGGGUGAAGAGGAGCACAAGCUGAAGUUUCCGCUUGGUAUCGCUACAAACCAUAGAGGACAAUUCCUGAUAGCAGACUAUGGGGAUAAAACCGUGAAGGUGUUUGAUAGCAACGGAAAGUUUGAUUUUAGGUUUGAUCCUCAAACUGAUAACGCCGAUACAAAGUUAGUUAUUUUGGAUGUCGCCACUGCAGGCGAGGACGACAGGAUUUAUCUUCUGGUCAGAGUGAAGAAGCCUGGGGCUUGGAAAUGGGAGAGUGAAGUGCAGGUUUUUAACAAGACUGGUGACCUACAGCACAAGUUUCCUGUGAGGAGGAGCGGGGACUGGGACAAACUAACAGUGAGCAAACAACGCGGCAAAAAACGCGGCAAAAUUCUGCUGUUGGCAGAUAACGUUGUUGAUAUUCAUGAGCCGAGUGGCGAGUUCGUUUGUAGCUUUGGUGGAGGAGUGUUCAGGUUGGCAACAGAUAUCACUGCUACUUGUGAUGGUCGCGUCAUGAUAGUGGACCUAGGCGAUGACAGUUUGUACAUAUUUGAUGUGGAGGGACACCAGCUUGGCAAAUUUAAUAUCGAACAUGAGAAAGAUGACUAUUAUCGCAUUGCAUAUCACCCGGCAAGUGCAGACCAUGUUGUCCUUGCUGGUUAUGAACGAGAGACACGCCGCCUGACGCUGGCUAUAUACACUGUUAAUGGCGAAUUUGUUCGCAGAAUUCAGCUGGAUGAAAAAGUCUUUGGAUUAGGUGGAAUAACAGUGACCGUGGAGGGUCACAUUGCUGUGGCUUUACAGGCUAUUACAUACGAGGGUAUUCACCAAGUAAAGGUAAUUGUUGUUUAAAACUAAAAAAUUCGAAGACACAAGUCAACAGUUUUUAUUUUACUUUCAUGAAUAAAUGUCAUCAAGGCAAAUGUUUAAAUUUAAUGCUGCAGUUGAUUGGAAUCACUGGACAUGACUGCAUUAAGCCACAUACACUGGCUUAAGUUCACUGAUGUUUGUAGUAAAUCUUGUGUUAUCGUUCUAACUAAGAAACCAAAACGGGUAGAAUGAAUGAGAUACAUGUACAGUAAACACUCGGUAAUAAGAACCUAACUUAAAUUUUUUUUGAGGUCUGGCAAAAAAGGUUCAUUUAUUUUGGGGUACGUUACAGAGUAAUUAAGGCUAAGUACAACUGUAGGUUCUUAAUUAGGUUUUAAUUUCUGUGAAGGAGAUGAACGUAACAGGGUGUCCCAAAAGUUUGUUCCUCUAAUUUCAUGCUCAGUAUUAACUACUGAUCAAAACUUUAUUUUUACAUGAAAUUUCUAAAAGAUGUUUAUUGCUCUAUCAAGUACAUGAUUGUAUUCAGAAGUUCAGUAAGCUGCAGGUCCCCUUUUUUUUCUUAUCACAUUCUGUAGUCAUUGCACAUGGCAUAAAGUGGGAUAAGUCAUCAUAGCGUCUAGAGCCCCAUAUGAGCCACUUUUAGCUUUUUCAUCACCUGGUACACAGGAGCCACUUUGACCCCCAAACAAUAUCAUUUUUUUAGAUUAGGCAGCCAAAAAAAUAUUUUAAGCAUUCAUGUAAACAAAAUAUAAUCAUCCCGGCCUCUCUCUGCAGUAAGGUUUUUGUACUUCUUUGCCAAGGAGACUAGCUGAACGUUGCUUGGUGGACUGAGCAAGGUUUUUUGUUGCCAUCUCACAGGCCUCCAACCGUCUCUUUCCAGGAAACUGCCCCAGACUUAGCUUGCUAACUGUUUUGAGAGCCGCCUUGUUGAGUUUCCUUUCCUUUUUGCCCAGCCUAUUUUAGAACUAUUUUAGCUGCUUUAUUCGGGACUUUAUGUUCUCCAGCAGGUUCUUAAACCACAGUUUCUUAUUAGUGAGUGGGUGUUUACUGUAAGUACAGUAACAUUCUUUUGUUUCUUUAAGAAUUGGUGGUAUAAUAAUAUUUUUGUUUGUGCAGAAUGGAAAAUAAUACAAUCCAAAUUCAGUUGGUUUACAAAAACAUCCUCAUCAUUUACCAGCUUCUCUAUAACUCUUUUUGUUAAAGAUUCAAGUUUUUAAGUUUGAAAUGCUCUACAUUGUAACUCAAUCGCAUGCCACAUCAAAAUACACCUUUGAAAUCUUCUCCAGGAAAAAUAUUUUAUGAUGCUCUCUAAUUAAAAUAUUAAGCUUGACUCCGGCUUUUAAUGUUAGUAUACAGCUGUAGGUGAAACUCUGCAGCAAUCACCUUAAAGAUGGAGAUCUCUAAGUGUUUAUUAUGGGGAGAUAGGUAUAUAAAGCCUUGUUUCCAUAUGAUCAUCCCGAUCACCCCAGUCGUUUAAAAAAGUUUUGAGAUGAUCCAGACAACUGGGACGAUAGGUGGUUUCCAUGUGAUCGUACGGGUGCCUCAACGACAAGAGACACGGGGUGUCAUCAGCGAUGUCUCUGAGUCAGACAAUAGAAUUUUUGUGUGGGUUUCACAAACAAGCCAAACAUACAUGUAAUGAUGGAUUUUAAAUGGUGAGCAAAUCUCGAGCUAUGCUACCUUCUUUUUGUCUCUAUUUUGUGGUGUCAACAAACUAGAAGUCAGUUCCACAAAGAUAUUGUAUCACGUAUAGAACUUGAUGAAACAGACUUUCUCUUUAAUUCAAAUAGCACCCAUACGUGAUGUGAACAUUUUUAAUUAUUUUUUACUUCAGCGGCAUCCAGGCCGAAUAUAUUCUCAAUUAAUGGAAUGAUAGUGAUGAUUUCUGGGAUAGCCUUUGAUUGUCCUGAUAGUCUCAGUCAUCUGAGAUUAUUUCCAGAUCACUUCAAAAUUUACACGAUGCUCCCAAUCAUCCGCAUAGAACUCAACUCUAUUCACGCGAUCGAUAGAGGUCAUCUCAGUCAUCCAGGUCAUUUGCGAUCGUCUGGGUAGGGUUUUCAUAUGAUUGUCCCGAUCAUCUGAACAUUAUUUGAGGCAUCUGGGACAAUCACAGCACAGCCAAAAUGUGUCAAUGACAGGGUUAUCAUGGACAGACAUAAUCAGGGAAAAUCUAUAAUAUAAAUAGUUAUACAUAUGAUUAUAAAAGAAAUGGGAUUUUUCUUGGCCAGAGGAAGUUUGCAGGUGGUCAGGAAAAGGCAGUUAAUGUGAAGGUCUGUGAAAAGUCAGCCGCAAGUUUAUUUUCUGGUAAAAAGUUUUCAGAAAACGCAGUGAAAAUCAUUUUAAAAAAGUCAAAAACGAAGAGUAGAGUAAUACUGAAUUUUUUGGGGGGGAAAUUUUUUUAUAAGUUUCUGCUGCUGAAUUAAUAAACUCUAUAUGAAAAACAAGCAAACAAAACCUCAGGAAAAAAAAGUUGUUUACGGAGCAAAACAAAGCAAAUAAGGUGUUGACUGAGAUCUAGAGUUUAUACUUCAAGUUGUUUUUUGCAUAUUAACUUGAAAAGAAGCUAUGACAUCAUUGCCUAUAACAAAAUGCUGUAAAAUUAAUAUUAAUGGCCUUGUGCCCAAAUCUUAAUCAGCUAACAAGCUCAUUAUUUAACCACUGCUAGGAUUUUGUUGCAUGAUAAAUGUGUGGAAAAAAUGAAAAAUAUUAAUGUAAACAUGCCUAUUAAUCUGUUAUUCAAUAAAGUUAUAAGCAAUAGAUGUUUAUUAUUAAUUGGAUAAACCUAGCCUGGUCAUGUCCAGUGAAGCCAACCAACUGUAUACAUGUAGAAAAAUGCAAAACUUUGCCUUUGAUGAUAUUCAUCACGAAAAAAUCUGCACUGUUCACUUACUGUUGUGUCUUCGAGUUUAUUAGUUUUAAUCAACAAUUUAUAAUGAAAGGGUGUGUGGAAAAAAAUUCGUAACUUUUUUUUAGAUUUUUACAAAAAUGCAGGCCGGUAUUUUUAGGUUUUCAUGCCUGUGAUUUGACAGUCUGCAAUUUUUAUUAACAUUUACUAUAUCGACACGAGUGUUUUACUGGAAAAUAUACCACUCGUAAAAUUCAUAAAAACUACAUCCGGGACCCGAGUAGUUUAUUUUCCAUAAUCUCACAAGUGAGUUUAUCGAUGACGUAAUGUCGGUAAUUUCCCUCUAUUAUUUUAUCCAUGUCUUUUUGUCUAUAUAAUAAAAAGAACAUUACACGGCGGCUUGAAGACAUGAAUUUUAUUUUCUCGUGGCAAAAACAAUAUUUUAUGAACGAGCGCAUUAUCUUCGCGCCACCGUGUAAUAUCCUCUAUAUAACACUAAAGAAUCUAUGCAAUUUGUUUUGGGACACGAAUUUUCAAUAUCGAGAUUAACAUUAAAAAUCAAGAAGCCAAAUAAGAAGGUCUAAAUUCCUUGUUGAGCAAGACAACAAGAAAAUGGCAGGGUGAUUUCAUUGAAUAGCUCGAUGUUAGUUUAUACAAGUGCCAAACUUUCCAAUUACUUUUUAGGGGCAGUGUCAUCAAGGUUUUGUGCUACGUACUUCAAAAUCCAACAAAUGCAUUAUUCACCGAUUCACUAUUUUCACAUAG